CUAUUUGCGUGGAUGUGAGAUACAGAGUAGGAUCCUCAGCAAAAACCGUCAGACAGCACACAUGGAAGAAGAUGACAGACUAUGCCAAAAUGAUCUGCACUGGAUUGAUUUUUACUUCUCUUUGCAUCGCUGAGCCCACGCAAGUCCAAAUACAUCAACUUUGGGAGAAGAGAGAAGUGGCGUGGUAAUCAUUCAAGGUGGAAAAAUCCAAAGCCGAGUAGCACCUUGGUUCAAAAUUUGUGGUUGUAAUGCUUUCCUCGGUGAGCAGAGGAAGAGGAACAGGUGCAUUCAAACUAGCGGGGAUGAACGUGUUGAGUGGCGAUGCACUUUUUUGCCUCACGAGGAUAAAGUGGUUCUACCCUUAAAAGAAGAAAAAAAAAAAGAAAGCCUUCAGAGAACUAUGCAGUAGUGCGGCCAAAAGACGCAAAGUUCUGAUCGUGACAUUUUGCAACAUUUAACCAGCAAACAAGAGAACUAUCUAUCAGUCAACGUUGGACGGAGCCGGGCCUGCCUGUCAGCCUUGAUCACGUGAAUCCGCGUGGCCGUCGUCGCUGAGGCAUGAACGUGGGAAGAGCCCACCAGCACAAUUUCCUAUCGUGUGAAGAAGAAGGUUUGAGACUGACCAAUAUGCCUGCCGUGGGGAGCUUCGGCAACGGCAAGAUCCACACCAGACGUCAAAGGCACGGCCGCUUUGUCAGCAAGACGGGCCAGUGCAACAUUCACUUCUCCAACAUGGACGACAAGUCCAGUCGGUACAUAUCGGACAUGUUCACCACUUGCGUGGACAUACGUUGGCGCUACAUGUUCCUGGUCUUCAGCUUGGUGUUUGUGGUGUCCUGGUUGAUGUUCGGCUUGGGCUUCUACGUCAUCGGCCUCCUGCACGGCGACAUGGACCGUCCCGCCGACGAUGACACUUUUGUACCGUGCGUCACACAGGUGAACACCUUCGUGGCCGCUUUCCUGUUCUCCAUCGAGACCCAGACCACCAUCGGAUACGGAGCUCGAUGCGUGACGGAGGAAUGUCCCGCCGCCGUCUUCAUGGUGGUCUUUCAGUCAAUCGUAGGUUGCGUCAUCGACGCCUUCAUGAUUGGCGCCAUCAUGGCGAAGAUGGCCAGGCCUAAAAAGCGAGCGGAGACUCUCCUGUUCAGCCGAAACGCCGUCAUCUCCAUGCGUGACGGAAAGUUGUGUCUCAUGUUUAGGGUAGCCAAUCUCAGAAAAAGCCACAUAGUGGAGGCUCACGUCCGAGCCCAGAUGGUCAAGCCUCGUUACACGGAGGAAGGCGAGUACAUCCCGCUGGAUCAGAUCGACAUGAACGUCGGGUACGACAGAGGCACCGAUCGUCUUUUUCUGGUGGCGCCCAUCACCGUCAUCCACGAGAUCGACGAAGACAGCCCCCUGUUCGGUAUCAGCAAACAAGAUCUGGAGACAUCCGACUUUGAGAUUGUGAUCAUACUAGAAGGUUUGGUGGAAGCCACCGCCAUGACCACCCAGGCGCGCAGUUCUUACCUGUCGUCGGAGGUCCUUUGGGGUCACCGCUUUGAGCCGCUCAUCUUCGAGGAGAAGAGCCAGUACAGGAUCGAUUACGCCUAUUUUCAUAAGACCUUCGAGGUACCGUCUACCCCGAGGUGCAGCGCCAGGGACAUGGAAGGCAGGAAGUUCCCCACGUCAGGCGCUAACUCCUUCUGCUACGAGAACGAGCUAGCUUUCAUAAGCAGGGAUGAGGAGGAGGAGGCGGACUUUGACAAAGAGGACGACAGACAAUGUUCUACGGCCCUCCUGGAUGAUCACGCCACUUCUGAACGUGAUCAAAAAUCAUCUAGCGCAGAAUCCGAGAUUUGAACUUGACCUUUACAAAAGUUCACCACACAAACUAUUUAUAGCACCAUUGCAUGCAUGACUGCAAAGUUGAUAGGGUUGCAACAACUUCAAAUGCGAGUAAAUAAACUGUAGAUCGGAACGUUGAUAAUUUACAUGAUACAUUAACUCCAUAAGUUUUUCCUAUCAUUUAUGAAUAGUAACUGAGGAAAUAAUCCUAAUCAUUACCGUCAAUACAUUGUAGCAGAUUGUGGCCGAGGGAGAAGCAAAUAAAUGUUUACACCUCAUUUCUAUGACGGCCAUUACGUCCCCUGGCAAAUGUAACAAUAACAAUAGUAGCAGUGUGUUAUAUAAUAUUCCGACAUUUGUGUCAGCAGCCCUGAACCAAAAGUGUAAACGUGUGGCGAGAAUGAAUUGUUUUAGUUGUGUGGCUCACCUAAAGACAUUGGCUGCAUGUUGUGGAGCUAGAAAUCCAUAUUUGAGGCACAAUGGACUCAUUUGAAUGACAAAUGUUGCUCCUCUUUGCAGCCAACACAAAAGACUGAAAGAGCAUAACGAACACGGCUGUAAUGAGAGUGGGGGGGGGGCAAAAAAACUCGACAUCCCUUUUGAAGCAAUGACCUUUUCGUUUUGUAAUUUGCUUGAAAAAAAAAACACGGUGGACACAACUUUGAUAUACUGUACGGCAAAGUAACGACUGGAAUUUUCAAAGUCUAAUGGGAACGUACAUGUUAAAAAAACCUUUUAGCGGGAAGAGGAGAGAAUACAAAGACCUAACCAAAAUAGCGCAUAAAUAAAUGGCCAAAGGUCAUUUUUGUUCUUUCGUGCGAGUUGUUGCAGCGUGAGUGCACCUGAAUGACAUUUCAGCACAGCUUUACAUAUUUACAUUUGGGAACUUGCUGACUCGUGCUGAAAAUAGUCAAGGUUUUUGUCUGAAAAAUGAAUGCUUUUUUUGUUGACAUUUGUACGGAAAAAGCACCAUGCAAAGACGACAAUGUGCGCUAACAUGGGUCAGGUCUGUAUUGUAAAUAAACCUGCUUUUUUUUUUUU